CCCCUAACAAGAGGAAAUAACCCAAUGACCCCAUAAAAACAACCUCAUAUUCUCAAAAAUACACUCUGCUCUGUCUCUUUCUCUCUCUUGUCCUCUUCCUCAUACUCUCCUGCCUUUGCUUUUCUCUCUCCAAAACUUGAUAAUGUAAACACACAAACCUCAUAAACAAUUGGCUUAAAUCUCAUUCAAAGAAAAUUCCCAUUUUUUUGAAACUACUAAACAAUGAACAUGGCUUUCUCUUGCACCAAAUUAGUGCUAUUUGCCUUCCUUAUUUCACUAUUUGUAAGCUUAUCUUCAGCUGGGGAUGCCUUUGUUUACUACAAUUUUGAAGUCUCCUACAUAACUGCCUCUCCAUUGGGUGUUCCUCAGCAGGUCAUUGCUAUUAAUGGUAAAUUUCCUGGACCUCCCAUCAAUGUUACUACUAACAACAAUGUGGUUGUCAAUGUGCGCAACAAAUUGGAUGAAGAUCUCUUAAUAACUUGGGCUGGAGUAUUUCAAAGGAAAACACAUUGGCAAGAUGGAGUGCUAGGAACUAAUUGCCCAAUUCCUCCAAAGUGGAAUUGGACUUACCAAUUUCAAGUUAAGGAUCAAAUUGGUAGUUUCUUUUACUUCCCUUCCAUCAAUUUCCAAAGAGCUGGUGGUGGAUUUGGAGCUUUUAUCAUCAACCCUCGUUCAGUUAUCCCAAUUCCUUUCGCCCCGCCGGCUGAUGAUAUCAUUAUAUUGAUAGGGGAUUGGUACACUAAGAGCCACUCGGAUUUGAGGAAAACCCUUAAUGGAGGGAAAUCUCUAGGAAUGCCAGAUGGUGUUCUAAUUAAUGGAAAAGGGCCUUACAGAUACAAUGACACCCUUGUACCUGAUGGCAUUGAUUAUGAAACCAUUAUUGUUCACCCAGGAAAAACAUACCGUUUGCGUGUACACAACGUUGGAAUCUCAACUAGCUUGAACUUCAGAAUUCAGAGUCACAAUCUUCUUUUAGCAGAAACUGAGGGAUCCUACACUGUGCAGCAAAAUUAUAGUAGCUUGGACAUUCAUGUCGGACAAUCUUACUCGUUCUUGCUCACCACUGAUCAAAACGCCAGCUCUGAUUACUACAUAGUGGCCAGUGCUCGGCAGGUCAAUGAGACAACUUGGCGUAGAGUUACCGGUGUGGCAAUCCUGCAGUACACUAAUUCCAAAGGAAAGGCACACGGUCCCCUCCCUGAAGGGCCACAAGAUGAAAAUGACAAGACAUUCUCCAUGAACCAAGCCAGAUCAAUCAGGUGGAAUGUGUCUGCUAGUGGUGCCCGUCCAAACCCACAGGGUUCCUUCAGAUACGGUUCCAUAAACGUGACAGAUCUUUAUGUCAUACAAAAUAAGCCACCAGUCAAAAUAGAUGGGAAAAAACGCAGGACGCUUAAUGGGGUAUCAUUUGUCAAUCCUUCAACGCCAAUGAGGCUUGCCGAUAAGCACAAAGUGAAAGGCGUUUAUAAACUCGACUUUCCGCAUAGGCCAUUGACCGGACCUCCUCGUAUGACAACAUCAAUUAUCAACGGUACUUACAGGGGAUUUAUGGAGAUCAUCCUUCAAAACAAUGAAACCCGGGUGCACACUUAUCACCUUGACGGAUACAACUUUUUCGUUGUUGGGAUGGACUACGGUGAGUGGUCAGAGAACAGUAGAGGAACGUACAACAAAUGGGAUGGAGUUGCUCGUACCACAGCACAGGUUUAUCCUGGGGCAUGGACUGCUAUUCUAGUCUCACUCGAUAAUGUUGGUAUUUGGAAUUUGAGAACCACAAACCUGGAUUCAUGGUAUCUCGGGCAAGAAACCUAUAUAAAAGUGAUCAAUCCAGAAACCGAAGGUCACCCGUCAUUGGCAUUUAAAACCGAACUACCAGCUCCUGAGAAUAUCCUUUACUGUGGUGCACUCAAGAAACUCCAAAAGCCUCAAGACAUAUCUUCUGCAGUAAACAAUCCCAUUCAGCUCAUGUUUACCUUAUUGAUGAUAAGCACGGCCAUUUUCCAUCUUCGUUAAGGCGUGAUAACCCAGAUGGAUGCGUGUUUUGUUUUCAGAAGCAUGAAUCGUUGGCGAGAUUUGGUUUUAGAGUGCAUGUCUUUUAGGCUUUGUCAAUAUGGAUAUCCAAAAUUUGUUGGGGACUUAAUUUUUUUGUUUUUUUUUUUAAUUAUUAAUUUUUAGCUCAUCCAUUGGAAUAUACACUUGAUGCUUCCUGAUUUCAUGUAGUCUAAUUCAUGAGAAGAGUCAUUAUUCUUUGUAUUUCAUCUAUUUAUUUGUCAAAUGUAAUCAUGACUAUUUAUUUGAAUGUCAAUACUCAAAUGAGUUCUUAUUUUCAA